AUGCUGAUGGAAACAUAUGACAACGUCUUGGUGAUUGCAAUGAGUCACGUUCGUGCCUUCAUGAAUAUUCCGAAGAUGACUGAACCCUCCGCCGAGACCACAAGACGCAUGUACAGAACAGUGACGUCAUCAGUACAGGCAUUGGAUUCCAUGGACAUCAAGGAGAGAGACAUUUGGUUGAUUUAUCUCAUCUUGGAGAAAUUAGAUCCUGAAACUAAGGUCUUGUGGUCAAGGGUUGUCUACAAUAAAAUUCCAACUUGGACAGAAUUUGUCAGUUUCCUUUCUAAACGCUACAAGACCAUGGAAGCGGUCAUCACUUCCAAGACAGAGAAGCCAGCCAAGAGGACUGAGAUGAAAUCCAAGCCACCAAACAAAGCAGCACCGAACUGGUCAGCAAACCUGGCGGCAGCGACCUCAUCGAGUCAAGGUAAUACAGUUACCAAUGUCCAUUCAACCAUUCCAUGCGCUUGCUGUGGAAAAUCAAACCACCGCACAGUCAAAUGUUACAAAUUUCGUGGACUGAAUGAUACAAAACGUUUCGAAAUUGUGAGAACAGCAAAACUGUGCAUUAAUUGCUUGGAUCCAGGCCAUUCUGUGAAUAACUGCCAAUCCUCAGCAUGCAAACAUUGCGCGGAAAAGCAUAGCACUUGGCUCCAUUUUGCUUUCCAUCCGGAAAUGCCAUCAAUUCAAGAUGCAGCAUCCGCCAACUUGGCAUCAAUCGAGACAAACGCAGUUACUAACACAACGGGAACUCAACCCACGCCGGUACCAGGAACUUCUUCUUCUCUGAACUGUACAGCUUCAUCAAUUGUACCUAAUGUAUUGCUGGCUACUGCUGUAAUCUACAUUCAGACCGCUGAAGGAGACAAGCUACCAUGCAGGGCAGUCCUCGAUUCCGGGUCCCAAGUCAAUAUCAUCACGGAGAAGAUGUGCCAAUUGUUGAAACUCCCCAAGAGGAACUCAAAUUGCCGUCUUGAGGGAGUAGGAGCUCAAAUCUCACCAUCUCGCUUUCAAGUCACGGUGAACUUUAGCCCUAGAGGAUUCAGCAAGUGGACACAAACCGAUUGCUUCGUCCAGACAAAAAUUACCGGACUGCAUCCCGCAGUCGAAAUCCCAAAGGCAUCCUUACCAAUUCCAUCAAAACUUGUGAUGGCUGAUCCUCAGUGGUACCGUCCUCAACCAAUAGACAUUCUUAUUGGGGGCCAGCAUUAUUGGGAUUUGGUCUUGGAUCGCACAAUUCGCAUGGGCCCUGGUCUUCCAGUACUCAAACAGAGCGUAUUUGGAUGGCUCGUAGUUGGAGAAAUCGGACCGAUUCCAGCUGCUCAAGAGUCAACUCAAAGUUGUUGCAUGACCACACUGGAAAGUAUCGACAACACUCUGAAACGCUUCUGGGAAAUUGAGGAUGCAGCAGGUCCAGCGGAAAGAAAAGAUGAAGAUGAACAGGCUGAAAAGAUCUACCAAGAAACUAUUACUCGAGAUGAGACAGGGAGAUUCAUCGUUCAUCUGCCCUUUACCCAAAGGGUACAAGACUUGCCUUCAAACAAACCAAAUGCGGCAAGACAGCUCUAUUUCUUAGAGAGGAAGCUCAGAGCAUCUUCAGACUUGAGAGCCAAAUAUGAGGGAGUUUUUGCUGAGUACCAAGCUUUACACAUUAUUGAAAAGGUACCGAAGGAUGAGAUCGAUCGCAAGGCCUAUUAUUUACCAUACCAUGGGGUGUACAAGGAGAGUUCCACAACGACGAAAUUGAGAGUGGUAUUCAACGCCAGCUCCAAGAGCAAGAACAGUCUAAGUCUGAAUGAUACACUCCUGACCGGGCCACUUACUCAACCGCCAUUAAUAGAAACACUUUGGAGGUUUCGCCAACAUCAAUGGGCUUUGACAUGCGACAUCACCAAGAUGCAUUUGCAGUUCUUGGUGACACCAGAGCAGAGAGAUUACCAUAGAUUCCUCUGGAGAACUCACAAGUUAGGCGAAGUUGAGGAAUAUCGAUUCCGAACCCUAUGUUUCGGUGUUGCGUCAUCACCUUAUUUGGCCACAAGAUCACUGAUGCAGCUAGCCUCUGAAGAUGGAGACAAAUUCCCAGCAGCCCAGGAAACAAUUCGUUCAUCAUUCUACGUGGAUGACUGUUUGGUAUCAGCAGAUUCCAUAGAACAACUCUAA